UCGUCCAAGGCUGUCCCCACCCCUCAGCGCGCUGUGGUACGUCCCGCGCUCAGCUCGGCCCAAGAUGGCGGCCUCCGUGUGCAAUGGGUUGCUGGGUCCACGGGUGCUGUCCUGGAGCCGAGAGCUGCCUUGCGCUUGGCGCGCCCUGCACACCUCCGCGGUCUGCGCCAAGAACCGGGCGGCCCGAGUACGCGUAGGCAAGGGGGACAAGCUGGUGACCUACGAGGAGGCACACGCGCCGCACUACAUCGCCCACCGUAAAGGCUGGCUGUCGCUGCACACAGGUAACCUGGAUGGAGAGGACCAUGCCGCAGAGCGAACGGUGGAGGAUGUUUUCCUUCGCAAGUUCAUGUGGGGUACCUUCCCAGGCUGCCUGGCUGACCAGCUGGUUUUAAAGCGCCGGGGUAACCAGUUGGAGAUCUGUGCCCUGGUCCUGAGGAACUUGCCUCCACACAAAUACUACUUCCUUGUGGGCUACAGUGAAACUUUGCUGUCCUACUUUUACAAAUGUCCUGUGCGACUCCACCUCCAAACUGUGCCCUCAAAGGUUGCGUAUAAGUACCUCUAGAACAAUCCCCUUUAUUCCAUCAAGCUGUAGCCUGCAGAGAAUGGAAACGUGGGAAAGGAGUAGUAUGCGGGGGAAAUGCAUCCCCUCAGAGGACUGAGGCAUGGUCUGUCAGCUGCUGUUGAAUAAAGACCCUCUAUCUUGU